GCCAGUAUAAUAAGCGCCGCACGUGCAAGAGGAGGAUCAUUUGCACAAGCAGCAGCUACUGCGAAUGCCGCAAGUGCAUCUCGUGGAGAAAGAGGAUCAUCUGCCGAAUCUAAUGCACAAGCACCAGCUAGUGCGAUUGCCGCAGGUGCAUCUGGUGGAAGAGGAGGAUCAUUUGCCGCAUCUAAUGCACAAGCAACAGCUACUGCGAAUGCCGCAAGUGCAUCUGGUGGAAGAGGAGGAUCAUUUGCCGCAUCUAAUACACAAGCAGCAGCUACUGCGAAUGCCGCAAGUACAUCUCGUGGAGGAAGAGGAUCAUCUGCCGAAUCUAAUGCACAAGCAGCAGCUAGUACGAAUGCCGCCAGUGUAUCUCGAGGAGAAGGGGGAUCAUCUGCUGUAUCUAAUGCACAAGCAGCAGCUGGCGCGAAUGCCGCAAGUAUAUCUCGUGAAAAAGGAGGGUCAUCUGCAGAAUCUAAUGCACAAGCAGCAGCUAGUGCGAAUGCCGUCAGUGCAUCUCGUGGAGGAGGAGGAUCAUCUGCCGAAUCUAAUGCACAAGCAGCAGCUAGUGCGAAUGCUGCAAGUGUAUCUCGUGGAAAAGGGGAGUCAUCUGCCGAAUCUAAUGCACAAGCAGCAGCUAGUGCGAAUGCCGCAAGUGCAUCUGGUGGAAGAGAAGGAUCAUUUACCGCAUCUAAUGCACAAGCAACAGCUACUGCGAAUGCCGCAAGUGCAUCUCGUGGAGAAGGAGGAACAUCUGCCGAAUCUAAUGCACAAGCAGCAGCUAGUGCGAAUGCCGCAAGUGCAUCUGGUGGAAGAGGAGGAUCAUUUGCCGCAUCUAAUGCACAAGCAGCAGCUACUGCGAAUGCCGCAAGUGCAUCUCGUGGAGGAAGAGGAUCAUCUGCCGAAUCUAAUGCACAAGCAGCAGCUAGUACGAAUGCCGCCAGUGUAUCUCGAGGAGAAGGGGGAUCAUCUGCUGUAUCUAAUGCACAAGCAGCAGCUAGCGCGAAUGCCGCAAGUAUAUCUCGUGAAAAAGGAGGGUUAUCUGCAGAAUCUAAUGCACAAGCAGCAGCUAGUGCGAAUGCCGCAAGUGCAUCUGGUGGAAGAGGAGGAUCAUUUGCCGCAUCUAAUGCACAAGCAGCAGCUACUGCGAAUGCCGCAAGUGCAUCUCGUGGAGGAAGAGGAUCAUCUGCCGAAUCUAAUGCACAAGCAGCAGCUAGUACGAAUGCCGCCAGUGCAUCUCGUGGAGGAGGGGGAUCAUCUGCCGAAUCUAAUGCACAAGCAGCAGCUAGUGCGAAUGCCGCAAGUGCAUCUGGUGGAAGAGGAGGAUCAUUUGCCGCAUCUAAUGCACAAACAGCAGCUAGUGCGAAUGCCGCAAGUGCAUCUGGUGGAAGAGGAGGAUCAUUUGCCGAAUCUAAUGCACAAGCAGCAGCUACUGCGAAUGCCGCAAGUAUAUCUCGUGAAAAAGGAGGGUCAUCUGCAGAAUCUAAUGCACAAGCAGCAGCUAGUGCGAAUGCCGCAAGUGCAUCUGAUGGAAGAGGAGUAUCAUUUGCCGCAUCUAAUGCACAAGCAGCAGCUAGUGCAAAUGCCGCAAGUGCAUCUGGUGGAAGAGGAGGAUCAUUUGCCGCAUCUAAUGCACAAGCAGCAGCUACUGCGAAUGCCGCAAGUGCAUCUCGUGGAGGAAGAGGAUCAUCUGCCGAAUCUAAUGCACAAGCAGCAGCUAGCGCGAAUGUCGCAAGUAUAUCUCGUGAAAAAGGAGGAUCAUCUGCAGAAUCUAAUGCACAAGCAGCAGCUAGUGCGAAUGCCGCAAGUGCAUCUGGUGGAAGAGGAGGAUCAUUUGCCGCAUCUAAUGCACAAGCAGCAACUAGUGCGAAUGCCGCAAGUGCAUCUGGUGGAAGAGGAGGAUCAUUUGCCGCAUCUAAUGCACAAGCAGCAGCUACUGCGAAUGCCGCAAGUGCAUCUCGUGGAGAAGGAGGAUCAUCUGCCGAAUCUAAUGCACAAGCAGCAGCUAGUGCGAAUGCCGCAAGUGCAUCUGGUGGAAGAGGAGGAUCAUUUGCCGCAUCUAAUGCACAAGCAGCAGCUAGCGCGAAUGCCGCAAGUAUAUCUCGUGGAAAAGGAGGAUCAUCUGCAGAAUCUAAUGCACAAGCAGCAGCUAGUGCGAAUGCCGUCAGUGCAUCUCGUGGAGGAGGAGGAUCAUCUACCGUAUCCAAUGCACAAGCAGCAGCUAGCACGAAUGCCGCAAAUGCAUCUCGUGGAGGAGGAGGAUCAUCUGCCGAAUCUAAUGCACAAGCAGCAGCUAGCGCAAGUGCUGCAAGUGAGUCUCCUGGAAGAAAUGCGUUAGUUAAUGCACUAGCAGCGGCUAUCGCCAGUGCAAUAAGCGCCGCACGUGAAAGAGGUAAAUCAUC